GAAUUUCAUUUCAAUUUCUGAAAAUUACUACUCUUUUGGCCAUUUCUGGCGAGGUCCACUUUAUUAUUUUAUCUUUUUUAGAUUCUUAUGCAAGUGGGUUUGUUUUAUUUGAGGAUUUUGUGAACUUGGUCCGGAGUGGUAGUUUUUACUCGUUUCAUUUAAAUUUGAUCCAUUUAUGCUUUAGCUGCUUCUUGAGAUAUCCACUUUCAUAUUUUUUUUUGCGGCAGCUUUGGAGACUGAAUUUACGGGUCCUCCAUUUGGUUGAGGUCAGUGUUUGAGUGCAGAGUUAGUUUACUUACACUGGGGAAAGUUCAGUUUUACUUGUGAAAUGCAGUUUUUCAUAUAAAGGUUAGAUUGAUAACAUCUGAGUAUGAGCAGUAAAUCAAAGACUUGAUGGAAUAUAUGAUGAAAUUUAAGGGUCUUAAUGAGCUAGCGGGAAAAAAAAAGUCUGGAAAAGGGGUUUUGUUUAAUUAUUCGAUAGAACUACACUUUCUGCUUUCAGUUUGGGGAGUGUUCUGUUGACUACUUGAAAAUAAAAAACCGCUUUUCCCCUAAAGAAAGGGGACUGGUUAUUGGGUUCCUGUGAGAACACAGAUGGAGAAUAUGGGACCAUUUGAUGGUGGUUCAGGGAGCUCUGCUUCUGAAGAUCCAUUCAACUUUUUGGAGCUUAUGAAUCUUGAUUCCUAUGCUGGUUGGUGCAACAGCUCAGCUGCAACAGAACAGAUGUGUGCAUCCUAUGGGUUGUCAUCGUUUCAGUCUAUGCCUUAUGACAAUUUUGAUGCAGUAAAUUUCAUCAGACCAAAUACUUAUGCAGUUCCUGAUGGUGGUGGCACAUCAAAUGCUAUGGGAAGUUCAUACAAUCGUGGAGACAAGAUGGUUUUUCAAAAAACAAUCACUGCAUCUUGUAAUUCAUUGGAUCCCAAUGAUGUGAAUGAUUUGGUUCAUAAACAAAGUAAUGGUGGUUAUCAAGAAAAAAAUGUCUCAGACAUCUCAAGUUUGUUUUUUAGGCCAGUUCCUCUAUCACUUGAUGAGAAGAUGGUUAGGGUAUUGUCUUUCUUUAAAGAGUCAUCUGGAGCGGGCAUUUUGGCACAGGUUUGGGUUCCAAUAAAGCGUGGAGAUCAGUAUGUCUUGAGCACUUCUGACCAACCCUACUUGCUUGAUCAAAUGCUUACAGGGUAUCGUGAAGUGUCGAGGGCAUAUACCUUUUCCACAGAAACGAAACCAGGUUCUUUCCCAGGACUUCCUGGUCGAGUAUUUAUUUCUAAAGUUCCUGAGUGGACUUCAAAUGUUGCUUAUUACAACAAGGAUGAGUACUUGAGGGUGAGACAUGCCGUUAAUCAUGCCGUCCAUGGUUCUAUUGCUGUACCAGUCUUUGAAUAUCCUGACAUGUCUUGUUGUGCUGUGCUGGAACUUGUCACUUUGAAAGAGAAGCCCAAUUUUGAUAUAGAGAUGGAAAAUGUUUGCAAUGCUCUUCAGGCUGUCAAUUUAAGGACUAAUGCUCCUCCUCGUCUUCUUCCACAGUGCAUCUCAAGGAAUCAGAGAGCUGCCUUAGCAGAGAUCAGUGAUGUUCUACGAGCUGUAUGUCAUGCACAUAGAUUGCCACUGGCUCUAACAUGGAUUCCUUGUAAUUACAAUGAAGAAGCGGUUGAUGAAAUCAUCAAAGUAAGGGUUAGAGAGGGUAAUACAAGCUCAAUUGGUAAAAAUGUGCUAUGCAUAGAGGGAACAGCUUGUUAUGUACAUGAUAGAGACAUGCAAGGGUUCGUACAUGCGUGUGCAGAGCAUUAUCUUGAGGAAGGACAAGGUACAGCUGGAAAAGCUCUUCAGUCAAAGCACCCCUGCUUCUUCCCUGAUGUGAAAUCAUAUGAUAUUAGUGAAUAUCCACUUGUCCAUCAUGCACGUAAGUUUGGGCUGAAUGCUGCUGUUGCAGUUGGGCUUAGCAGCACUUACACUGGUGAUGACAAUUAUAUACUUGAGUUCCUCCUCCCUGUCAAUAUGAAAGGGAGUUCAGAGCAACAACUUUUGUUAAACAGCCUCUCAGGUACUAUGCAGAGAAUCUGUAAAAGUUUGAGAAUGGUUACAGAGGAAGAAUUGGUUGGGAAUAAAGGGUCUAAAGUUGCAUCUCAAAACGAAACAAUUCCAAGUUUUUCGCAAUUGUUAAUGACAAGGAGUUCUCUGAUGGCAUUAUCAGAGGGUGACUUUAACUCAAUUGAGCCAAUGCCCUCAAAUAUAUCUAAUUCUGAAAAUCAUGAAAUAGAAUCAGAUGGUCCUCUUGAACAGGUGAAGAUUGGACCACGACGACAUCUGGACAAGAAGAAGAGUACAGCAGAGAAAAAUGUGAGUUUGAGUGUUCUUCAGCAAUACUUUUCUGGGAGUCUUAAGGAUGCUGCGAAAAGUAUUGGUGUCUGCCCGACCACACUGAAAAGGAUAUGCAGACAACACGGGAUCUCUAGAUGGCCAUCCCGCAAGAUAAACAAAGUGAACCGUUCAUUAAGGAAAAUACAAACUGUGCUUGACUCUGUUCAGGGGGUGGAAGGUGGAUUAAAGUUUGACCCAACCACUGGUGGGUUUGUGGCAGCAGGCUCAAUCAUUCAAGAGUCUGAUGCUCGGAAAAAUUUUCUCUUCCCUGACAAAAACCUGCCCACCAAGAAUCGCAAGCCAAUAACCCAAGAUGCGGCAUCAAUACCUCUAUCCCCUCGUAUAGAUGGAGAAAAGUCUGCGGUGAAACUGGAGGAAGAUGAAUGCAGCUUGUACAAAAACCAAGUAGGCCCUGGAAGGAGCAUGAUCUUUCCAAAUAGCUCUGAGAGACAUCUAAAUAGAUCUAACAUAUUUCUGAUUGAUUGUAGUGAAGAAUCCAAGUUGUUUGGAAUAGACACUGGACAAUUUCAGCCUGCUAAGCAUGGUACUGCAGCUUGCGUUACUCCUGAAAAUGGCUCCAUGGGUUCUUGUUUUGCAAAAGGACAAAAAUCGGCUCUGAGCAAGGCAGGGUUGAAAUUAGAGAAUUCUGACUGCCAAUAUGUGUCUCAGUGCUCAAGCUCCGUGGCUGCUGUGGAGGGGAUGGAUACCAGAAUGGAGGUUUAUAAUGGAUUGAUCGAACAUAACCAAUCUACAUCAAGCAGGACAGACUCAUCAAACUGCUUGCUGGUACAUGGUAGUUCAUCAAGCUCUCCAAGCUUUGAAGAGGGGAAGCAUUUGAAAGUACAACCAAGUUGUGGUGACAGUAGUACUAAAAUUACUGUGAAAGCUAAUUACAAAGACGAUAUCUGUCGAUUCAAAUUUGAACCCAGUGCAGGGUAUUCCCAAUUGUAUGAAGAAGUUGCAAUGAGACUCAACUUGCAAAAUGGUAUCUUCCUGCUCAGGUAUCUAGAUGAUGAAGAGGAAUGGGUGAUGUUGGCCUGUGACUUGGAUUUGGAGGAGUGUGUUGAGAUAAUGGAAUCCAUUGGCACACGAACUGUGAAAUUGCUUGUUCGUGAUAUCUCUUGUGCCGUGGGCAGCUCCAGCAGUAGCAGUUGCAUGUUGGCAGGCUCUUCAUAGUUAACGAGUAACAUCGAGCCAAUCUUUUUAUCCAGAGCUUUCAUACAAGGUGAUGUUCUUCCCAUAAAGUUGGGAAACUCAGGCCUUCCUUCUUAGUAUUUAGCAGUACUCAUAAAAUGAGGAAUCUCUGCCCUUUGGUGUAAGUUAGUGUAGUCAGAAUGAUAAGUUACACAGAAAAGCCUAGAUGAUUAGAUCAUAAAUGUCAAUGUAUUAUAGGUCUGUAUAUGUUAGAAAUAGUGAUACUUGUAGAAUAGAUGCAUGUAUGAGACCUUGCAUAUUAACUUUGAUAAGAAUGAAAUUGUGUAUGUUAAAGGCAUGCUAUUGAAA